CCCACGCAGUGUCCCCGACAACGACAACGCCCCCGCGACGUCCUCGUCGUCCUCGUCCUCCGGUUGCUGCAGGCCCUGGUCGUCUGCCCGUCCCCGGGACUCCGCAGCGCAGGAUGGCGUCGUCGCGCAGCCUCCUGGCGGUGGCCGUGGUGGCCUUGGUCGCGGGGGUGGCUGCCGCCGCGCCCUGGCCGCCCAUGCCCUUCGCAGCGCCCUUCAUGAUGGGCUACUUGCGGCCUCGACGAGCACCCCCGGUCUCGAGGCCGCCGCCCAUCCCGGUGCAGGGCGGCAUGCCCGGCGGCCCCGUCGGCCCCCACGGAGGCCCCGUGUACCCACCGCCCAGGACCCUCACGUUCAGCGGCUACUUCAGCGGCGCGGGAUCUCCCCAGAACGGGGACCCUUACUCCUUCAGCUGGGGCCCAGCACUGCGGAGCGCCGAGCCCGAGCAGGACAUCCCCGUCGGCAUGGCGGCCGCGCCCCCAGCCCCUCCUCAGGACCAGGUCCUUGACAACCCCCCAGCGCCACCCCCAGCCCCCGCGGAAGGCGAGGCCCCGGAAGACAGUGGUGUUGGCGUCGGCGGUGCGGGGGGACCCGGCGGCCUCGGCGGACCGGGCGGCUUCGGUGGACCGGGCAGCCCUGGCAGUUCUGGUGGACCUGGAGGAGCCGGUGGCUCUGGUGGAGACGGUGGAUUCGGCGGAGACGGUGGUUUUGGCGGUGACGGCGCCGUCUUCCAAGCGCGCGCCAAGCCGGGCCGCGGCAAGAACAACAAGGCCCCCAAGCCCAGCUACCCAGCGCCGGAGGGCCCCAGCCCCGGCCCCGGCUCCGGGCCAGGGUCGCCCGACGACGGCGGAAGCGACCGCGGUGGCUACGGCACCAUCAACGCCUACUUCCCCUUCAUGUUCGGCGGCGGCUGGGGCGGCGGCGCCCCUCAGCCACCGCGGCCCUCGUACAGGGCCUACGGCGCGCCCAGCCGCCCCAGCUACGGCGGCGGUGGCGGCAAUGGCGGUAACGGUGGCAGCGGCGGCAACGGAGGCAACGCAGGCAACGGAGGCAGCGGAGGCAGCGGAGGCAACGGCGGUAACGGUGGAAGCGGCGGCAACGGAAGCAGUGACUGCUGCCCCGGCUCCGAAAGCGGAAACACCAACAACCAGUGGGAGAGCAGGCCGCAGGGCGGCCAGCCGCCGGCAGGUGGCGGUGGUGGCUUCCCCUACUACCCGGUGGCGAUCGCCAACAGCUUCAGCACGGGGCGCAACGCCAUGGCCAGCAGCACGGCCACGGCGUACGGCGGGGCGCCGCCGAGGUCGUGAGCCCCGUGCCCAUCUAGAUAGAAUUUUAUAAAUUGUAAUCAACGACUGUGUUCAGUAAUAAACUUCUUUUCAUAAUUAUUGAUAA